UAUUGUUUUUCGAAUUGGAAUAGUAUUUUUUUGAGAUCCGGUCACUCUGUUGUGGAGCGAUGGGAGCAGGCGACAAAACCCGAACGGACACGACACGAGAGAGCAACACAGCGAGAGAGUUAAUGAGUGAGAGAGCGAGCGAUUUGUGGGCAACGCUCCCGCUAUUUUCCCACUGUUGUUGGUGGGACUUUUGCGCUGCGGCCGCCAAAUUUUUCAACACGCCGAAUUCGCGGCCAACAGCAGCAGCAACGACAGCAGAGCAGCAGCCGAGUUGAGUGGAGCGAAGCUAGCGAGCAGUGAACAGUUUUCGGCCCCAGUCAGAGCGCACCAUCGUCUUCAGCGAAGCACAAGCACAACACACAAAAAAUCGCUAGGUGUGUACGACGUUACGGGGGCACUGCUGCUUGCCUUUGCUUGCUGCUGCCACACACAGAGAAUACAAUUUUCACAUUUUCACACAAGUGGGAAAGAAAAAAAAAUGUACAAGAAAAGAAGAAAAACUUGAAAACGACGUUCUACACUUUGUGCAAAAUUUUCCAUAAACAAUCGCAACGCGAAAUCACAAAAAAACGUAACGAAUAUUUGCAAAAUUGAGCAAAAAAAAUAUAGUGAAAUAAGAAAAAAUCAAAAAUCAAGUGCAAACUCGACAAAAAAAAAAGGAGAAAAAAAAAACACAAGAGGGAGAAAAGGAAGAAAAGCAGCAGUGAAAUGUGUGUGUAACCCCAAAUGAAAAUCAAAAUGAAAAUGAAAACGAAAUAGAAGUAGAAAAUGGCAAAUAAUAAUUGUAAUUGUGCAAAUUUGCAGCAACAGCAACAGCAGCUUCAUCAGCUUUGCGAAUUGCCAUCGACAUCGUCGUCGCCGUCGCCAUCGCCGUCGUCGUCUACGUUGUCCAGCUAAAAUAUAUGUGCAACGCUUGAAGUGCAAACUCAACGUGAAUUGUAAAUAAGUAACAAAAAGUAUAACAACAACAAAGAAACAAAAGAAACAAACAAACAACAACAAGCACUCCACCAAAGAAGUAUAUAAUUAUAAAUUUACAACUAUAACUACAACAAUGAUAUACAUAUAUUAUUAGCAACCAAUAACUAUUAUUAAACAAAACGUAAACUUAAACCUAAACAUAAAUGUAGCCUUCAAAACAAAACCACGAAAAGCACAAAACAAAAAAUACAACAACAAGGUUUAUAAAUCGAAAUUAAGGUAAAUAAAUAAUCAUUGGAAACAAAGUAGUUGAGUGGCUGCAAAGUGACGCAGAAGGGGGCGCAGAGGGGCGCACAAUUCCGGCAAGCAAAUGUCUGGAUAAGCACAACAAACAACCAGUUGACCAAUGGAUGAAAAUGCAGCCGUCGUCGUCAUUUUUGUCGUCGUCGUCGUUGUCCAUUUGUCAUCGCUAUUGUCGUCAGCAGUCACAGUCUCAGCAGCAGCAGCAUCAGCCGCAAACGCAGCCGGAAUCGGUGACGCUGCCCCAGCAACAACAACAACAACUUCAACUACAACAGCAAAAGCAAACGCAACAACAACAACAACAGCAACCAAAACACCAAAGGACAAGAAGAACAAGAGCAACAACAGUAAAGAGAGUGACAACAGCAAGAGUCGAAGCAGCAAUCGAGAAACGCAAUCGGUAUCGUUGUUAUCGAUUGCUCACGCUGCCAUCGCUAUUGCAGUCGCUGUCAGGAACAAGCACAAGAAGCACAAGAAGCUCUGCUCUGCCACUGCCUCAGCUGGCUGCGGUUUAGUUCGCAUCUCCAGCCAUCUCUAUAGUUAGUUGGACAAAGCAACAAACAAACAAAGAAAGUAAACAAACAAAAACCAAAACGAAAACGAAAACAAGCAAAACUACAAAAAAAACCCAUCAGCAACAAGAGCAACAAGAAAACACCAAUUAAGCAACAAACGCUUCUCUCUAUAUAACAAUUAUAACAACAAUAGUAGUAACAAUAGCACACACAAAAGUCUCGUGCCAACCACAACAAGUAACAACAACAACAACAAACAACAAGAACAACCAACAACAACAACAACAAGGCCAAUUCUUAACGAUCCCCACGCAUUUUUAGUGAAAAAAUACCAAGAAUACUAAAAAAAGAAAAAAAAGAACAACAAAAAUACUAAUAACGGCGCCGAGGCCGCCAACCGCCCCCCACCCGGAAACUGUAGCUCUGAAAGCAGUAGCAUCCAAACAAAAUGGCGGAUGGUGGGCAUUCAUUUGUGAAGAAGACAUUUCAUAAGCCAACUUACUGUCACCACUGCUCGGAUCUGCUCUGGGGCCUCAUUCAGCAGGGCUACAUAUGCGAAGUUUGCAACUUUAUCAUACACGAACGAUGUGUCAGCAGCGUGGUAACGCCCUGUUCCGGCAUUGCGCCAUGCAUUAUAAAGAAUCCCGUCGCCCAUUGUUGGUCGGAGCCGACUCAUCACAAGAGAAAAUUUUGCACUGUUUGCCGUAAGCGAUUGGAUGAAACGCCAGCGGUGCAUUGUUUAGUUUGCGAAUAUUUCGCGCAUAUUGAGUGCCAAGAUUUUGCAGUGCCCGAUUGCACCGAGAAUGCAACAUACGUGCCCGGCAAGGAGUUGCUUAAUGUGAAGCAUCAACAUCAUUGGCGAGAGGGUAAUCUUCCAUCAACGUCCAAAUGCGCUUACUGCAAGAAAACCUGUUGGUCUUCGGAAUGCCUCACAGGCUAUCGCUGCGAGUGGUGUGGCAUGACCACACACGCUGGAUGUCGCAUGUACCUGCCAACCGAAUGUAAUUUUGGUAUACUACAACCUAUCUACUUACCUCCGCAUUCAGUUUCGAUACCACGUACUGAGGUGCCAAUCGAGGCGAUCAUUGGCGUCCAGGUCAAAUCCAAGACGUCGCUGGUGCGCGACUACUCGUGUCCCAGCCCGGAGCUCGAUGCUGAGGCCGCGGCUGGUGGUGAUGGUGUUGGUGGUGACGUUGGUGCAGCGGGUUUCGAGGGUCUCAAGCAGCUGCUCGAAUUGCACAGGCAGCGACUUGAGCAAUCGAAACAACAUUUUUUACUUUCAACGCCGACCACGCCCACAUCCUGUGGCUCCAUCUCGCUCUGUGUCUCGCCAACGCCCUCGUUGACAGUCGGCAACGAAUCGAGCCACGAUCAGGGGGAUCAGCAAACGGAACAGGAAGAACCCGAACCCGAUGACGAUGACUAUGAUCUGCAGUGCAAUACAACGGAGCACGAUAGUGCGGUGCCAACAACAACAACCACGUCGAGCAAUGUGCUGCAAAAGUCGCCUUCGACCAACUCCUCGCUGCAUUUGCUCUACACGAGCUUGUUCCGCAAACUGGCCCACGGUCAGGGACGUAGUCGAGGUCGUCGUCGUGGGGAACUCUCCGACGAUGACGGAGACGUCGAUGACGAUGAGGUCGAUGGCGGUGUCUGUGAUAUAAGCGGAGGAGAGCUGAGCGACGAAUACGAUCACUGCGAUGUCUCGUUGCGCAAACGUUCGGCGCGGAGAACGCAGCGUGAGGUCAGCGAAACGGAUUAUCAUGGCGACGUUGAGCUGGAGACGGCGCCGCGAGAGAGUUGCUAUGAGAUCUCAUCCGAUACGGGUGGCGAGCUAACGAACACGGAUGAGCUCGACUCGAGCAUGAAUCUGAUCAGCAACCUUAGCUAUAAUAGUAGUAAUAGUAACACCUCAAACACAUCUGCCAAGGCGGCUCCUGAAGCUCAUGCUGCUACUGCUGCUGCUGCUCCCGGUGCUGCCGGUGCUGCAGGACACGCCUUAAACCCAAAGACUGCUGCUCUACUCAAAGCCAAGCCGAAACCCAAGCCAAAGACCAUACUCAGUGCGCCCAAGCACAGCAAAGGCGGCUCGGUGAGCUCACCCAAUUCCAGCGAUUGCUCCUCGGCAUCGCCAGCCCAACUGCAACUGCAGCAGCUGCAACUGUCGCCCGUGGGUCGCAGCAAAUCGUUUCAGGAGCCGGGCAUUGCCCGUUACAAGAAGUACGGUCGUGGGCUCUUUCAGCGUCGACGCUCGAAACGUUCGCCCAAAGGCGGCACCAAGAGCAAUUACAGCCUCGACAGGCUGUCACAGAACAUUGAGAUCACCAUACAGGAUGAGGAUGGCAACUAUCAGGCAUACGACGACAACUUUCACACAUUGGCAGCCGCUCGUCGUCUGCCUCAUCACGAUACGACGGAUGGCGACGAUGAUGUGGAGUAUGAGGAUUUGUAUCUGGAUGAGCGACUACGCGGCGGUGGCGGUGGUGGCCACAGUGGCGAUGACAUUGCCGGCGAUAUUAGCGAUGGCGGCGCCAGCAGUCGAUCCCGUCGUUCGCACGACGACGAUAAUCAGGGCCAUGUCCUGGGACGUCUGUUGCGCCGUGUUCGCGGACUCUCCGCCGGCUGGCGCAAGCCGCGUUACCAGAAGCGCAGAGCACGCAGCAUAUCGGAGGAGUUCAGUAGCGGAGAUGCGCCUCGCUUCAAGGAUGAAGAGUCGCUGGGCAAGGCCGAGUCCUCGCAUGGCAUGAGUGCUGCUGGCGCUGCUAGCGGCAGCGGAGGAGCAGCAGGAGGCGGUGGCGCUGGUGGUGGCAGCAGUGGGGCAGCUGGAGGUGGUGCAACAGGUGGUGCUGGCAGCGGUUCCUCCACUUCGGCACACUAUCGUGCUGAGUCGAGUGGCCACAAGUCGGACAAGUCCGAGAAGGAUCGCGAGAAGAAGGAAAAAGAACGCGAGGAAAAGGAUAUAGAAAUGAUCAAGGUCUUUGAUGGCAACAACUCAUUCCGGCGGCAGCAGUAUCGUGCCAUCAUCGUGCAGCGAACGUACACGCUGGAACAAUUACUGACCACCGCCCUGCGGGCCUUUCACAUCACCCGUGAUCCGCAGGCCUUCUAUCUGACGGAUCUGUAUGCAGCCGCUGGCAUGGAGGACGCACCGCUGCAGGAUCCGACGCCAGUGCUGAAUUUGACACACUUGGAGGGCAAACGACCCGCGAUGUAUCUCAGGUUUCACGACCGGGACAGGGGCCAUGUGCGCGUCUAUCCAGGCAAAUUGCAAUGCUCAUUGGAGGAUCCCUAUGUCAGUGUGCCUGUCGACAAUACGACAGUCAUCAAGGACUUGAUACGCGACGCACUCGACAAGUUUGGUCUGCAGGACAACCAAAUACAGGACUAUAGAUGCUCGGAAGUUCUGCUCGAUCGCGGCGUUACCGAGCGCAUUCUUUCGUGGAACGAACGGCCGUGGGAUAUUAUGAAGCAGCUGGGCAAGGAUUCCAUACGUCAAAUGGAACUGAUGCGCUUCUACAUGCAGCACAAACAGGAUCCCCAUGGACCAAACAUUGCCCUCUUUGUGGGCAAUCUACCCACAGGACUCUCUCAACGCAACUACGAGCAGAUCCUCAACAAAUAUGUGACCGACGAGAACAAAUUCACCAGCAUUGGACCCAUCUACUACGAGUACGGCUCGGUGGUGCUAACCUUUGAGGAUUCCCAAAAGGCGGUGCGCGCUUUCUACAAUUUGCGCGAAACGAUUAUUGAGGACAAGAAGCUGUUGGUGCUGCUGCUGCCGAACAUUGAACCCAGUAUGGUCCCAUCGGACGUCAGACCGCUGCUAGUCUUUGUGAAUGUCAAGUCUGGCGGCUGUCAGGGACUGGAGUUAAUAUCGAGCUUUAGGAAACUCCUGAAUCCGUAUCAGGUCUUCGACUUGGACAACGGCGGACCGUUGCCAGGCCUCUAUGUAUUCCGUCAAAUCACCAACUACAAGAUCCUAGUGUGCGGUGGCGAUGGCACCAUUGGUUGGGUGCUGCAGUGCCUGGAUAAUGUUGGUCAAGACUCGGAAUGUUCUAGCCCACCGUGUGCCAUUGUACCCCUAGGUACAGGCAACGAUCUAGCACGCGUCUUAUGCUGGGGCUCCGGCUACACCGGUGGCGAGGAUCCCCUCAAUAUGCUGCGCGAUGUUAUUGAGGCGGAGGAGAUACGUUUGGAUCGCUGGACCGUUGUCUUCCAUCCGGAGGAUAAGCCCGAAGAGCCAGCGAUGAAGCCGCCCGCACAAACAACCGGUGGCGCCCAAAACGAGGACAACUCACAGAUCUUUGUGAUGAACAACUAUUUUGGUAUUGGCAUCGAUGCCGAUCUCUGUCUGGACUUCCAUAAUGCACGCGAAGAGAAUCCCAAUCAGUUCAAUUCCCGCCUACGCAACAAGGGCUACUACGUGAAGAUGGGAUUGCGCAAGAUUGUGGGUCGCAAGACGGUCAAGGACUUGCAGAAGGAGCUGCGGCUGGAGGUCGACGGCAAAGUCGUCGAUCUGCCACCAGUCGAUGGCAUCAUCAUUUUGAAUAUAUUGAGCUGGGGAAGCGGUGCUAAUCCCUGGGGUCCCGACAAGGACGAUCAGUUUAGUACGCCCAAUCACUAUGAUGGCAUGCUGGAGGUUGUGGGCGUUACAGGCGUCGUCCAUUUGGGUCAGAUACAGUCUGGCAUUCGCACAGCGAUGCGCAUAGCACAGGGUGGACACAUUAAAAUCCACUUGAACACCGACAUGCCAGUGCAAGUGGAUGGUGAGCCAUGGAUCCAGAGUCCUGGUGACGUUGUGGUCCUCAAGUCAGCGCUUAAGGCCACCAUGCUGAAGAAAACGAAGAGUAAGCGACGUCUGACGGAGCCGCAUAUAUCGCCGGCAGUUCUCAGCCUCUCGCUGCAAAAUGCACCUCAGCAGCAGUCGCAGCCACAACAGUCAUCUCACUCGCACUCGCAACAGCAGCUUCAACAACAACAACAGCAGCAGCAGCAACAACAACAGCAGCUGUCAUCUGCCGAGAAUGGCGACAAGGAUGCAUCGUCGGUGCCGCCAUCGCUGCACUUGGGCAGCACAUAGAGUAUGGCCUCGGCAUAUACGUCGUCCGGUCUGCGAUAUUGGUUCUCCUGUUUUUUCCCAUAGGCCGCAAAAUAUAAAAUAUUGAAAAUCAAAAAAAAGAAAAUAGUAAAUAGUAAUAAUGAGAGAAAAAGGAAGCUCUGUCAGUUGUCUCCACAUAUAAAUAAUAAGCACAAAGCCAUAGGAAAAUUGAAGUUGAAACUUAAAAACAAAUAUAACUAUUAUCCAAAUCUUCCAUGUCUUCAAAACCGAUAUGCAUACAUACUAAAUAUGAAAUACUUGUGAAAAAAAACUGAACUAGAUGAACGAUAUAAGAUAACAUAACCAAAAAAAAUAUUGUGAAUAAACUGGUGCGAAAUUAGGAAAACAAACGUCUUGAUUGCCAAACCUGCUAAACUUUUUAUAGAAUACUAAAUAUGCUAUAUACUCGUACUUACUCUCGUAACUAUCUUUAGCCUCUCCCCACCCACUGCACAAGAACAGCAACAAAAUAAUAAGAAAAAAAACAAAAAAAGAAAUGAACAAAA